GCGAUGAAGAUAAAGAUGAAAAAAACAUACGAACUGAGAGUUGAUUUAAGGUGUUGAUCGAGAUAUAGAGCAACUCACUGAUCUGAAGUAUCUUGAUUAACUAAAUUGUUGAAAAUCAUCCGAAACCUGUUGACCCGAUAUUGAACAUUCAUCUCAUUCUCCUCCUUCUCAUCCUCCUCCUCUUUCUUAUCUUCAUCAUCCCUCCUUUCUUUUUCCAUCAUCAUCUUUUUUUUCUGAUUAUUCUGAUUAUUGUUAAUUCUAAUCAUCAACUGUCGAGUUGAUUUCGUUUCAUUCAUCAACAAAGUGACUUUCAAACAAAAUGAAUUUUCAUAAUUUUCUUAAUUUACUCUUUUCUCUUUGUGACAAUUUGGUCGUACAAACGUGCUAACAAUUACAUUUGUUACUUGAUUUAGAUUACGUGCAACAAUUAACUUUAAUAGCUUGUUAAUUCUCUGCACUAGUUUAAUCUUAAUUAAUACAAUUAACUUUCUCAUCACAAAAAAAGCAAAAGGAAGGAGCGGUCAUCGAUCUUGGCUCUACUGUGAGUGGACCUAAAAUUUCAAUCAACAAUCAAAUUUGUCCAAUGAUUUGUUAAUUAUUUGGAAAUGAUUUACCAAUGUGUUCAUUUAAAUGAUCAACAUCAAUAUACUUACAAUUUACAUCGUUACAAUUGUUAUCCUUUUUGUUUUCUUUCAUCAAUUAGAAUCUUCAAAUCUUCAAGUUUAACCAAUUUUCCAAUCAAUUAACUAACUGGAUUAUUGAAAGAAUAAUUAAAUCAUCAUCAUCAAGUGAUAAUCGAAAGUGUCAACACCUUAAUCAACAUCAAUCGAAUCAAUAAUUGACCGGAAGUUUGGAAAGAAAAUUUUCCAAGUUAUUCCAAUAAGAUGAACGUAAUUGUUUUCCAACAAAAUUUAUCUUAAAUUGUGAUUUACCUUUUUUACUACAAUUAAGUUGAUUAUUUACAAUUAAGAAUUAGCUUGAUAUAAGUUAUCCCAUUUGGAACAUUGUUUUUAUUUCAACUGUUUUGUGUUCAAUUUUUAAUUGAAAAAAAAAGACAGAAAAAGUUGAUUAGUAAAACAACAUGAAAUCAACUAAUUAUUACAUUUUAUGGAUAUUGAUUGCAACAAUUAUCACCAUUAAUCAAGCUAACAAAAUUGGAUUAAAAGAUAAUAGUACUUGGAGUAAAAAAAUAGUGAAACGACGUCUUAAUCAUGAUGAUCAAUUGUUGGAUGAUUUAAAUGACGAUUCAGAUGGAACAUCAUUUUAUUUUCUUCCACCGAAAACGUUAAGAGGAACAGCGAAUCGAUAUGUUUCUCGAUAUAUUCAAGAAUCGAGUGCUAAUGGAAAUGGUGAUCUCUCUUAUUUAGAAUCAGAUGAAGAGAUCAAACCAUCUUCAUUAUCAUCGACAAUUAAUUCUGGUCGAUCAUCUAUAUUACCCAAUGGUCGACCAGGUCGAAUGCGUGUUCGUAGGGUUGAACAAUCUUCAGGCGAUCAUUUGAUUGAACCUCAUUCAGAAUAUAAUUUUGACGAUAUUAUUGUGCCAAACAGUUCAUCUUCAUUAUCAGCCAAAAGAAUCAACCUCAAUGUUAAUUCAACAUCUUCAUUAGAUGGUAAUAGUAAUAAUAAUCAGAGAUCUCGACCAACUUCAUUUGGUACUCGACGUCGAGUUAAAGUUAAAGAAACCGAACCUAACAGGGAACCCGGAACUGAUCCGAUAUCUCAUUUCAUGGAAGUUGAUAUGAAAGAGAAUGAAGAAGGAGACAAAGAAUUACUUGAUCCAGGAUCGAGUGAAAUUCGUGACACAAUUGAGCCCAGAGGCGGUCAACAAUUUCGACAGACUCUUCGUAAUUCUGAAUCACCUGUGAGCUCCAUCAAUUCUGGAUUAUCUCUUGAUCCAUAUUCGCGAUUUAAAAAUGCCGAUAAUGACUUUGAAGAGCCACUGCCAAGACCUCAGGUGACAUCUUCAGAUUCUGAGACUAUCGGUACUGGUAGACAAUCAAAUCCUCAAUAUCGACCCAAUUAUGAACAUUACGAAUCACGAGGUGGAUCAUCAUCAUCUUCUUCUGGAGGAAGAGAUACUAUUGUUGGCGGUGGAUUAGAAAGUGGAUUUACUGGUAUUAUUCCAGGUUCUUCUUCAUCCUCAUCAUCUUCUUCUUCUUCUCCCUCCUCUUCGUCUUUAUCUUCCUCUCGUCAUCAUCCUUCUCUUAUUCGUUCGACUGAAAACUCUGACCCUGUUCGUGGUAUUCGUGCUCGUUACUUUAGACCCCAAACUGUUGGUGAUUAUCGUCAAUCAAAUCAUGCUUAUAUUAGCGGUAAUCGACUUCCAACAAUUCUAAUUCCAAACCAGGAUAUACGACAACAACUUCCUCGUCCCUACUAUGUGACAACCUCACCACCCACUCUAACAUCUCCUCCUCUUUACACAACUUAUUCUGAUCUAAGUUUAUCAGGAUUAUCUGGUUAUCAAUCAAACCCGUCAUCAGAUUUUGACCUUAGACCACAGAGACCAAGUCGAGUUGAACCUGCUCGAAGACCACCAGCCUCUCAUUAUCGAACCAUGGUUGCUGAUCAUCUAAUCGACGAAGAUGAAGGAUAUAAUGUUCGAGGUAUUACAACAGUCUCACCUCCACCAACCAGGCCAUCGACAAUCAGAACAACCCGAACAACAACAACCACCACAACUCCAUCAACCCCCAUUUCGCGAGUUGAACCAAUCUCACGAGAUUAUAAUUAUGGUUAUGAUGCUGAUCGAACUCGACAACCAAACUAUGAUUACUCUGAUCAACCGAUUCACCGUCAGAAUCCUCAAGCUAAUCAAAGAGGAAGUAACAACAAUCGCCAAUCAAAUGAGCGAUCUUAUCGAAAUCAAUUUUAUUCCCAAGCCACUGCAACAACAACCUCGACCACAACAACGACGACAACAACAACGCCCAAACCAGUUCAACGAUAUAACAACAAUAAUAAUUUCGAGCGGACAAAUGACCGAGGUCAACCUCCUAAUUACAGGUCUGAUUAUGAUUCCGCGCCGAUGACAGCAACAGUCGCCCCACCAAAUGACUCAGAAUCGCCUAAUUCUGGAUCAGGAUUUCGUAUUCGACCUGCAGGUCGACCAUUAGGUGGUCGUCGUCGACGUAAACGACCAAGAGCUCAAAUUGCCGCUAAUCAAGGACCAGUGAAUGGACAAAAUAGACAACCAACAACCACUACAACCACAACUACAACAACCUCCGCUCCACCUCCAGCUCCAUAUUAUUACGAUGAUUAUGAUGAUAAUGAAGAUUACGAGUACGAUUAUCAGCCGACCACCACAACAACCGUUCGUCCUCGACGUAAAGGUAGACGAGGUCAAGGAGGUCGAGGCCGACAACGAACCAGCACAACCCCGUCAACAACAACCACCACAACAACCACAACACCAGCACCCACAACAAGGACACUAUCACCAGGCUAUAAACACCGAGCCGACAAGAGGAUAAUUGAUUACAUGGCUGAUCCCAAUUUCCCUCAUGAAUUAAAAGGAGCUGAUUUAACUGAUUACCCAUUUUACAUUUCCCUACCAACCGAAAUUAACUUUAAUUGUGAAGGUCGACAUGAUGGUUAUUAUGCUUCCAUUGAACAUAAAUGUCAGGUUUAUCAUCAUUGUGCCAUUGGUCAUCGAUAUGAUUUCUUAUGUCCAAAUUAUACUCUAUUUGAUCAGACAACAUUUACUUGUCGUUUCGUUAAUACAGUUGAUUGUUUGAAAUCAGAAAAUCAUUUUAAUCGUAAUGACGAUUUAUAUGUUGAAACAACGGAGAAACCGGAAAAUAAUGAUAAAAAAAUCCAAAAGGAAAAGGAAAAGGAAAGAAACAAAAGAGACGAAGAGGAAGCAAUUAAAUCGGAAGCAAGUUCAAGAAUUAAUGAAUCUCCAAUUGUUUCAACACAAUCAACAUUAACGACAACAAUUAAUUAUACUACUAAUAGUAAUCAUGAUAAUAGAAGUGAUAAUUUUAGUAAUAAGACAAAAGUGAAAAACAAACUUGAUAAAAGAUUGAAAAAAGUUUCGUGAUCAAAACAAACACCGAAAAAAUUGUAAUAUCAAUGCGAUUGAGAGAUCAACAAGUGGAAAGUUAAACACAACAUCAAUUAACCGCUAAUUGUUUAUAAUCAUUAAAUCAAUAGAUUCUAAAUAAAUUAUAUUAUGUUUUCAUGAGAAGAAAA